AUGACACAUGAACGCAUAAAUGCGCAAGGCAAUGUUUCCACAGCGGGGCACUUUGUUCUGCUGGGAUUCUCGGACCUUCCAAACCUCCGGGGCUUUCUGUCUGGGCUGUUCGCCGUCAUGUACUUGGCUGUCCUCUUUGGAAACAGCCUCAUAAUCCUAAUAAUAAGGCUGGACCCUGCCCUCCACAGACCCAUGUAUGUUUUUCUGGCAAUUUUUUCUUCUUUGGAAAUCUGUUAUGUUUCAGUCACUCUUCCCAGGAUGUUGUUCAACCUCUGGACUCAAAGGAGAACUAUUUCUAGGCUUGCUUGUGCCACACAUCUGUGUUUCUUCCUUGUCCUUGGAGCCACUGAGUGUUUCCUGCUGGCCGUGAUGUCCUACGACCGCUACGUGGCCAUCUGUAACCCUCUGCACUAUGCUCUGCUCAUGAACCCAAAGAGGUGCGCUCAGCUGGCCGCUGGCUCCUGGCUCGGGGGGAUCCCAGUGCAGAUAGGGCAAACAUGCCAGAUAUUCUCUCUGCAUUUCUGUAAUUCCAACCAAAUUGAGCACUUCUUCUGUGACAUCCCCCCCAUUCUCAAGCUGGCCUGCGGGGACACAUCUGCUCAUGAGGUGUCUGUCUAUGUGGUAGUCAUGUUGGUUGCUGCAGUUCCUUUCAUUCUGAUCCUUGCCUCUUACAGCAAAAUCAUUUCCACCAUUCUGAGGCUGCCCACAGCCAAGGGACGGGCCAAGGCCUUCUCCACCUGCUCUUCCCACCUGUUAGUUGUGGUUCUAUUUUUUGGAUCUGGUACCAUUACCUACCUAAGGCCCAAAUCCAGCCAUUCUGCAGGAACCGACAAGCUGCUGUCUCUUUUCUACACUAUCGUGACACCCAUGCUCAACCCCAUGAUAUACAGCCUCAGGAACAAGGACGUGAUUGCUGCACUGGAAAAAUUCCUCAUGCGGUGGGUGCUCGAAAGCUUUCUCCUCCUGUGCAUCCUGUAUGACGCCCUCACCAUCCUCCAAGGCACCAUCGCGUUCCUCUGUGAUCCCCUGCUGAACCCUCGGAUCUACAGCCUGAGGAGCAAGGAUGUGAAGCACAGCGUCAGGAAAGUGAUGACUCUCCGCACACUGGUGCUGAGCGUGGCUGUGUCCAGAGGGAUUCAGUUCACGGGAAAGGAGAAGACAGACACAGGCUUUUUGCCUUGUGACUUGUAUUUCUCUGUCUCUCUGCGUGUGUGCACGUAUCCUCUAAUUGGUGAAUAUGAAACCCGCCACAUGCUGAGCUAUGAGCGGGAGGGUGUGGCUUCCCAGAAACAGUGCACAAUGCAAUUUGUUAAUAAUUUUCUGAAGUUUCCAGGUUUUAUCUACCAAUAA